CUGACAUGACAGAAAAUGUCAAACUUUUAUUUAUAAAAUUAUGAGCUUGUGAAAAGGUGAUUUAAAUUUGAUAAUCUUCAUAAAUUUACUGUAAUGGCUUUAAUUCGACGUUUUGCGCCUUUUAUUAAUUCGGUGAAAUAUGUUCCUACAUCUAUGCAAGCUCGGAAAAUCCACAGAUAUGUAGCUCCAACAUUAAUGGAAUUCAAAAGGAGAGAAGACAAGCUCGGUGGUAAAAAAAUAAAUCCAAGAAAUACAUUUCUUGAAUGGAAUUUAGAAGCAGAGUUGUUUGCAUUUGGUAAGCGCUUAAAUGAGGACUUCGACUCGGACCUAUUGCUGCAAGCAUUCACUGAUCGUUCAUAUGUGAUCAAAGAGGAAAUGAAGCAAAAAGAACUUGAUUUUGAUUUAAAAAUGAAAGACAAUAGAGAGUUAGUGGAAGAAGGCGAAAGGUUCAUAAUUGAAUACAUACAGUUGUAUCUAGAGGCCGUCCUGCCAAAACUGCCUUUAGAGGGCAUCACCAAUGUCCGGAAACACCUCACCAGUGAAGAAACAUUGGCACAUGUGAGCCUUCAUCUAGGAACAAAGGAUAUUAUUCUUGCUGCGGAAUAUCCUGUAGACAACUACAUCCUCUCAAAUGCAUUUAAAGCCAUAGUGGGUGCACUACUGAAGUCAUCUGGUGAAGAGAGAGUGGCGCACUUUGUACGAGACUUUGUUAUCACACAGUUACAAGGACAAGAUGUGAACGAAUUCUGGCAUAUAGAAGACCCAUGGACCAUGCUGUGUGAGAUCCUGUCUAGGGAUGGAGCAACUCCGGAGCCGAGGCUGAUUGGGCAGGCCGGGACCGGCACGCUGCUGGCCUGCUACAGGGUGGCACUUUAUGUAGACAAGAAAAUGAUAUCCUCUGGUUUUGGUGAAAACGUGGCAACCGCAAAAGAAAUGGCAGCAAGAGAAGCCCUGAAGAAGAUCUUUGGCACCGAGGAUCACAUGAAACCCAUCAACUUCCAGCUCCAAGGAAUGCCCAAGCCGCAAUCUCAAACGCGUCACCAAAUAUCUGCCAGCUAAAAUUAUGUAAUGUAGUGUAGAAUAAGUAUUAAAAUAGUACAAGUAAUAA